AUGGUUCAAAGGUGUUGUUGCUGUAUCCAACUUCGUACUGGGGUAUUUCUUAUUUCAUUUCUUGUUCUAGUUCAAAGUUUGGCCGGAGCAUAUGUCGCAUUUUCUUAUGUUGAUGUGGCUACGAAAUUUACGAAAAGUCUUGGAUAUGUUCAUGGUGUUUGGAAUAUUAUAAGAGGGGUGAUAGCUCUCGGAGGACUUAUCGGUGCUAUUAUGCAAAAUAAAAAAUUGGUUAAAUAUUUCGCGUUAAUUAUUAGCGCCAGCGCAUUGUUCUAUUUGGUCUUUGGAUUAUCAAUUUCGAUAAUUAGUAUCAAAAAUAAGGACACACUUGUGGAGAUGUGUAUCGAAAAAUUUAAUGAAGAAGCACAUGAAGGAACAUAUUGGAGCCCAGUUGUUCAUUGGACGAAGCCAUAUGGAAAACGACAGCAAGAAGAACCAGAAGAAGCAAAUUCAACAGAUACUGCAAAUUCUACUGAUAAUGCAAAUUUUACUAAUCAUACUGAUAAUGCAAUUCCUCAAAAUACUCAAUCGGAACGAGAAUUAUGUCAACAAGGUGUAAAACUUUAUCUUGGAUUUGCUAUUACAUAUACAAUUAUCGGUUUCUUACUUAUGUUUUACUUUGCAUCAGUGAUCGGUGAUUAUGGCGAAGAUCUUAGAAGGAACGAUAUGAUGAAAGUGCUUCAAGAUGAUACAUCCAUGAGUAUAAUUAGUGACACAGAGAAACAACAAUAUUUUCAAGUAUUUUCUUCCCUCGGACCCAUAAAUGGCUACAUUCCAGAUGGUCAACUUGAUUUUGAUGAAUUUUCAGUCACCUAUAGAUUAGUCAAUGAUCUAUUGGCUCAAAGAUAUCCGGAUGUCCCUCCAUCAUUACCUCCUCAUUUAAUCCCACCAAGUAAGGCUCAUCUCUUUGGGGCGAGUGGCACCGGAUUCCACGGAGGUUCAACAUUAGGCAUUAGUUCCGGGAUGAUUUCUCAAACAAUUAGUUCCAUCCCGCAAUCAAUUCCAUUAUCUAUCAAUUCAAUUCCUCAAUCAAGUAGUCCAUUACCUUCAGCACUUUCUAAUAUGAUGCCUUCAUAUUCACAAUCACAACAUUUGCCGCAGGUACCUCCUCCGCCUCCCUCGCUGUAUCAUCAGUCGUCAAGUAGUUAUGGUGGAUUUCCAACAGCACCUUUAUCAGAUGAUUUUGAUUGGUAUAUGCCUCCUGCAGAUAAAUUCAAUUAUGAAAAUGAAUAUUCUAAACAUGUUGGAGCCCAUGGCUAUGUUAGAUUUGCGAAUUUCGAUGAGCUUUAUCAACGACUUGGAAUACCGAGAGAAGAGUGUAUAGCGGCAUGGAAUCUAGUCGAUGUUAACUUUGAACAACAACUUGGAAAAGAUCAGUGUCUCGUUUUUCUUCACAUAUUAAAUCAACGAAGUAAAGGGAAGCGUAUACCUGAUAGUUUACCUAGUGCGUUAAAAACAUCUUUAGUAAGAGGAAAAUUAAAUUACAACUACAACGAGACUCUUGAUCCUUCAUGGAAGUCAAAGACAUCAGAAGGUACUAGCAUUUCAAAUAGGACAAGCUAUGGACAAUCUCAUUCUGGUGGUAAAUGGGAAGAAGAACAAUUGGAAAAGGAAUUAGCUAAACUAAAUGAAAAAUUAAAGAAAGCGGAAGAUGCUGCAUUAAUUUCGUAUACAAGUGCUUUACAAAUAUCAUCUGGUGGAGGCCAAACAUCGGAAUUUAAACAACUUUAUGAAUAUAAGCAAAAGCAGCUUGCAGAAUUAAAUGAAAAAGAACAUUUAAAUAGAACUUUAGAAGAAUAUAUUCGAAAGGAACGUCUUUCAGUACGUGAAUUACAAGAUAAUAUUCAAUCUUUGAAACUUCAAGUAAAAACUUUGGAAGAUACUUUGGAAACUAAUCAAUCAGAAUAUAGAAGACUUCAUCAAGAAGUAAAUCCUGGACGAUGA